AUGCCAUUCACGGGUCAACUAGAAGAUGGGAGGCCAUUCAUUGCAACUCUCGCUUUACAGGCGCAUGGUACAGGGGUGGUGGGCGACGGUAAACAACUAAAGUUUUGGAUCGAUCCUUGGCUUUCUACAGAACCGUUGAAAUAUAAGUUUCCGAGCUUGUUUUGCCUGGAACAAGAUAAACGCUGCAACGUGGCUGAUAGAAUUCCAGAUUGUAACGGGUCGCAUGCUGUCUGCUGGAAUUGGAAACAUUAUCCAGCCACUGAGAUGGAAAUAGAGGAGUUAAUUCAAUGCCAUCGGCUCCUUUCGAAUGUUUCAUUAAGCAAACAGGUAGACCGAUGGGUUUGGAGGCAAGAAGACGGAGACGGAUACUCAGUUAAAGACGCGCGAAAUUGGAUAAAAGGGGAGGUUCUUUCUGUCAACAACUCGGUCUAUCAAUGGUGCAAGUGGAUUCCGAACAAGUGUAAUAUUUUUAUGUGGCGGGCUAGUCUAAACCGAAUUCCUACCAAAGAUGCGCUUCUUCAUCGUAAUAUUUACGUUGAAAAUGGUUUAUGUGGGCUAUGCGGUGAAGUUGAAGAGUCGGUGGACCAUCUGUUCUCCGGGUGUAGAUUUGCGAGUGGUAUGUGGGACGCUAUCGCUUCAUGGUGUAAUAUUCCGAGGUUUUACGUUUUUUCUUUAUCCGAUGUGCUUCUUGUUUUGAACGAUCUGCCUUACACUGCGAAGAAGAAAGAUAUCAUGUAUGGUAUAAUUAUUAUUGCGUGUUGGCGGAUUUGGAAGGCUAGGAACGAUAAGAUUUUUAACGGCUCGGUAUCAAGCGUUACUCUUUUGGUCGCGGAUGUGAAGUCUUUGGCGUUUCUUUGGUUUAAGUGUAGGCAUAAAGAGGGUUGUAUAGAUUGGCGAAAUUGGUGUAAUUUUGUAUUGCCGGUGAUGUAA